AUGGCCCAGGCUAAGCUAUGCCCUACGGAAGGCUCUUGGAAAAUUGAUGAAGUAUUCCAGAUAGAUAAAGAAUUGGCCUUCGCUCUGCCCAGUCCACAGGAGAAUCUACCUGAUAAGUACGCUGGAUGGAUGUGCAUUGCUAAAAAUCUGCCUGAGCUGAUUGAGCGUGAUGAAUUACGAGCAAGAGUCAAAGAGGUGCCUGAGCUCAGCAUUGAUGACCUCACAGAGCACAAGUCGCAGCGCCUGGCACAUCUGGCCCUGGGGUACAUCACCAUGGGAUAUGUGUGGAAUAAAGGUGAUGAAGACGUCCGUAAGAUUCUGCCAAGAAACAUUGCUGUUCCUUACUGCAAACUAUCAGCGAAGCUGGGGCUACGCCCUAUUCUGGCUUAUGCAGAUUGUGUCUUGGCAAAUUGGAAGAAAAAGGAUCCCAACGGGCCCAUGAUUUAUGAGAACCUGGACAUUCUGUUCUUCUUUCCUGGUGAUGGCUGCGACAGAGGGUUCUUCCUGGUGUCCCUGUUGGUGGAACUAGCAGCGGCUUCAGCAAUCAAAAAAAUUCCUGACUUAUUUAAUGCGAUGAUAAAACAAGAUCUGGUUAAAUGUAAAGAUGCAUUGAGAGUGAUAAAAUCUUGCCAGCUGGAUGCCCUCGAAGUGUUUAAACAAAUCCACAAACACGUGGAUCCAACUAUAUUUUACAAUGUUCUUCGCACAUACUUAUCUGGUUGGAAAGGCAGCUCACUGCUGCCGGAGGGUCUCCUGUAUGAAGGGGUCUGGGAUACCCCCAAGCAGUUUUCAGGGGGCAGUGCGGGCCAAAGCAGCGUCUUUCAGUGCUUUGAUGCCCUGCUGGGCAUCCGGCACAGUGAUGGAUCUGCUGCUGGGUUCCUCCAGGAAAUGAGGACUUAUAUGCCACCAGCUCACAAAGCCUUUCUUGAGUCACUAGAGAAAGGUCCCUCAAUCCGAAAGUUUGUCCUUUCAAAGGGUGACCGGUGCCUGAAAGAUGCUUAUAAUGAGUGUGUGGGAGCGAUGGUGUCCCUGCGGGACUACCACUUAGGAAUAGUAGACACAUACAUUACCAAGCCAGCAAGGGAAAAACAGAAGGGAAAGCAAGAUCCUGAGGAUUCAUCAAAUCAAUCAGAAACGGAAAACAAAGGAACUGGAGGCACGAAUAUCAUGACGUUCCUACAGGCCAUACGAGAUUCAACAAAGACAUUCCUUUUGGUGUAAGGUGAAUGAGACCAGAGCAAGGGUAAUGUAUGCUAGAAAUAGGCAACAGUAUAUAGUCCUGCCCUGGCUCCUUUGAUCACACCCAAUCACCACUACUC